UUAAAAGACCGACGUCUCGAAAACAACCAACUGCAGCCGUGUCUGAACAAGACGGGUAGUACGAAAGGUACUGGGGAAUCUGCAAGCAGACCAAAUCAAAGGAUUGGGCGGUGGACGGAGUUUAGAGGGGAAGGUGGAUGAGAUGUUGAGCGAGGUCUUUGUUUCUGUGUGAAAGAAUCAGAGGAGGCUGGUUGUGAACAUGCGCUGCCUGGCUGCACGGGUGAACUACAAGACCCUCAUUGUUAUCUGCGCUCUCUUCACUCUCAUCACGGUGCUGCUAUGGAACCGCUGUGCCAGUGACACCUCCAUUCGCUUCCUGCCCCGCGCUGCCUUCGUGGCUCCAAGCCCCAAGAUCAGGGAUGAUGGCAUCAGCAACCAGCAGCAACCUCCACAACCUCCUGAACCCCCUCCUGUCGUCGGUGUUCUUGGCGGAGUCAAAUAUGAAGAGAUCGAUUGCCUGAUCAACGAUGACUCCACCAUCAAAGGCAGGCGAGAGGGCGGGGAGGUAUACCUGCCUUUCAGCUGGAUGGAAAAAUACUUUGAGGUGUACGGCAAAAUAAUUCAGUAUGAUGGCUACGAUCGGUUUGAGUUCCAACACAGCUACUCAAAGGUUUACGCCCAGCGCGAACCCUACCACCCUGAUGGAGUCUUCAUGUCAUUCGAGGGAUACAAUGUGGAGGUUCGCGAUCGAGUCAAGUGUAUCAGUGGCGUGGAAGCGUAA